AUGAAUGUCGGGAGAUCGCUGCGCGCCCGAUGGCUGGCGACGCCGGCGUCGUUUGCGACGGGCGAGGCCGAGGCCGACACGAGGGAGCUGCGCGCCCUCUUUGAUGCGCCCCGGCCGCCACCGCACCAGCCCGUCGCUGGGCCUUCUUCUUCCUCUUCAGGCGCAUCGAAUGGCCUCUUUGGGUCGCCCUCGCUGACGUCGCCCCAGUCCUUUCUCGACCUGGCCCAGCGCACCCUCGUCCGGGCCCAGCUGCUCGUCUCGCGCAUCGCAGACGCACCCGCCCAUGGCGAGGCCGAGAUGAGGCGCGUGGUCCGCAACUUGGACCGUCUCAGCGAUCUCCUCUGCGGCGUCAUUGACUGUGCCGAGCUCGUCCGCAACGCACACCCCGACCCGGCGUGGGUCGACGCCGCCAAUGCCGCCUACGAGCAUCUCUGCGGCUACAUGAACGUCCUCAACACCCACACCGGCCUCUACACUGUCCUCGACAAGGUCAUCUCCACACCCGCGCUGCGCGACAGCCUCUCGCCAGAGGCCCUCGCCGUCGCCAUGGUCUUUCUGCGCGACUUUGAAAAGUCGGGCAUCCACCUGCCCAGCGCAGCGAGAAGCCAGUUCGUCCAGCUCAGCGACGACAUUCUCGUGCUUGGACGGCACUUUCUGCAGGGUCAGCCUGCCGCGGGGGGACAGGCGGCAAGCGAGGAAGAGGCGGAAGAAGAAGCAGCGGCAGCAUCUGUAGAGAUGCCCGUGGAACUGCUCCAGGGCACCCCGGCGCCAAUCCUCGAUGCCCUCGUCGCCUCGUCACCGGGUGGCGGCAGCAAGGUGCUCCAGCUCCAGCCCGGCUCCUGGGAGCUGCAGGCCAUCUCCAAGUAUAGCCCCAACGAGGCUGCGCGCCUCAUUGCCUACCGUGCGCUGAACCGAGGCGCAAAGACGCAGGUCAAGACGCUCGAGGCGCUCCUCCGCAAGCGCGCCCAGCUGGCCCAGCUUACGGGCAACGAGAGCUUUGCGGCCAUGACGCUGACGGACAAGAUGGCGCGCAACCCAGCCAACGUCGAUGGGUUUCUCGGCUCCCUCGCUGCACACCACCGGCCCCGGGCGGAGCGCACGCUGGCCGACCUGCGCGCGCUCAAGCAGGACAACGGCGAGGUGACGGCCUGGGACCGCGACUACCUCGCCGAGCAGCACCUCCGCACCCUCGGUCGGUCCAGCCUGGCCUCGCUGCCCAUCUCGCCCUUCUUCAGCGUGGGCACCGUCUUUGCCGGCCUGUCGCGCCUGUUUGAGAACCUGUACGGCAUCCGGCUCCGCGCCAGCCCCGUCGCCGAGGGCGAGGUGUGGUCCAAGGACGUGACGCGCAUGGACGUCGUCGAGGAGGAUUCCGGCGUCAUUGGCACAAUCUAUGCCGACCUCUACGCCCGGCCGGGCAAGCCGCCCAGCGCGGCCCACUACACGGUGCGCUGCUCGCGGAGGACCGACGACGACGACGCGCUCGCCGACUACACCUACGGCUCCCUCGACGAGGGCCGCCAGCGCCUCACGGUCGAGCAGGGCGAGGGACAGGGCCUCGCACGGGCGCUUCAGGUGCCCACGACUGUCGACAGGGCUAGCGGACACGCCUACCAGCUGCCCGUCGUCGUGCUCCUCUGCGACUUUGUCCGGCCGAGCCUGCAGACGGGCCCGAGCCUGCUGAGCUGGCACGAAGUCGAGACGCUCUUCCACGAGAUGGGCCACGCGAUCCACUCCAUGAUCGGACGGACAGAGUACCACAAUGUCUCGGGCACGCGCUGCGCCACCGACUUUGUCGAGCUGCCCUCGAUCCUGAUGGAGCACUUUGUCAGCAGCCCCGAAGUCGUCGGCCUCAUGGCGCGGCACCACCAGACGGACGCCGCGCUGCCCUACCACCACCUCACCAACCACCUCCGGCUGGCCAAGUCGCUCGAGGCUCUCGACACCCACCACCAGAUCCUCCUCGCCUCGCUCGACCAGCUCUACCACUCGCCGCUCGCGCUCCAGGACGACUUUGACUCCACCGACGUCGUCCACGACCUCGAGGCGCGUGUCGGCCUCGUCCGCGCCGCCCCGCGCGCUCAGGACGCCGGCAGCGGUGGCAUCGCGUGGCAGGCCAACUUUGGCCACCUCUUUGGCUACGGCGCCACCUACUACUCCUACCUCUUUGACCGCGCCAUUGCCGCCCGCGUCUGGGCCCGCGUCUUUGGCGGCGGCAAGGACGCGCUGAGCCGCGAGCAGGGCGAGCGCUUCAAGACAGGUGUCCUCCAGUUUGGCGGCGGGCGCGAUCCAUGGGAGCUCCUCAGCGCCACGCUGGCCGACGACGAGAUUGCGCGCGGCGACCACCGCGCCAUGCAGGAGGUUGGCCGCUGGGGCAUCUCGGACCUCGCUCAGCGCUAGGAAGAGAAUCCCCCCCAACCCCACUUCAUCCUUUUCCCUGUGCCCAUAGUCUGCUGCUUGCUUGGAACAAUAGAGUGC